CACUUCCCACGCAACCACCACGAAGCAAAGGAAAGGGUUUGGGGAAGCGCCACUCUUGAUUUCUGUCGAGAUUCUCGUUUUUAUUGUUCGUUGCCUUCGUUCCUUCGUGACAACGAGCCUUUGCAUUCGUGGCUUGGACACUCGUACAAGGAGACGCCGUUCUCGUGAAUGCCCCUCACCGCGCUUCCAUUGAUCGGUGUUGAACGCGUUGAGCAAACUGCUCGAUUCGCAUCGACCGCGGAUGGUCGUCUGUCGCUCGAGCAAGAAGCUCUACGUCGCAUCAAAGAAAAGAACGACGUACCACAGUCGUCGAUGGAGGUUGAACCUUCUGAUGCACACAAGCAAGAAACAAACAUCUCCAACCACAAGCUUCACCACGACGCCAAUUAUCGCACAUGGCGCCAGGAGCGCUGCGAAAGAUGGAUUCGCGGCGACACUGCUGACGGUUGGACCUCCCCGGCCGAUCAGGAUGAGCACGAGGAGGAGCCAAGUACAACCCCGCUGUUGCUAGACCAAGUUGCGAGUUCCAGGCAUUCGACCAUGUCUUCUCCUAGCUCGGAAGGGCAGCAUCAGCUGUCCGCAGUGUCGUCCGUGUCUUCCUCCUCCGUUUCGUCGUUUCGGACAUCGCCUCCGCCUGUGCAUCGCGUGGUCCAACUGCAACUGGACGACCACGUCGAAGAACUGACGGUGCUCGGCGAAUCAGACCAGAUUUUCAAGUGCGAUAACUGCGGCAAAAUCUACAAGCAGCGCAACAGCCUGCACAAGCACAUGUGGGAGCACAACGAGCACUGGCACUCGACAAGCCAGCAUUUCAACAUGAAGAAGCACCAGCAGGUUCUUGCCAUGCAGGCCGCGAUGCAGCUUGUUUCGAUUGCAUCGAACGACUCCGAGUGCGAGUGGACGACGCGCUUUCCCAAUGUCCGGUUUUGAUCGCGCGUUCGCUUCAGUGGGGUUGUUGCUGUAUUUAUUCAGAGUUCUGGGCAAAGUUCCUUGGUGUCAGAAUCCAUGUCAAACAAAAUUGAACCAAGCCGUUGUUCCCAGAUAUACGCUGCUGCUGCCGCUGCUGUGUAUUUGACGUGACUACUGUAGUUCUAGUUUGAGCUCGUGAAUUGGUUUGACGGGAGUCGGUUGAGACGGCACAAAUCCGUUUGCAGUCGAGCGAGUUGAGCCAAGCUUCUCUUUCUCUUCGCACUGGGUUUUCGUUGCGUUGUGCCACUGUUUCCUUUCAUCGUUGCUAUUCCUUCCUAUCGUCAUCUGUGGUCUACAAUUGCGGGGUAUUUUUUCGUUUCACAACAUUACAUUGCGAUUUCAAGUUGAGCAA